AUGAACAGAAAGAUACCACUACUUCGCCUCUUUGGUGGAGCGCCGGCGCGAACACAGUGGUCGGGGUGGCUGGUGGUUUCGGGAUCCCGUAGAAAUGCUUCUUUUAUGCCUUGGGUAUUAGCCACAGCUUGUAUUCAUUCCGUAAUUCUACCCCUUCUUCAUUCUUGGAUCUCGUUUCUUAAUAUUGUGACUCUUCCAUGCUGUGUCUCAGGAACCUUUUCAAUACGGUCCGGAUUGCUAGCUUCCGUUCAUAGUUUUGCUACAGAUGAUACACGAGGAAUCUUUUUAUGGCGGUUCUUCCUUCUAAUGACCGGCAUAUCUAUGAUUCUUUUCUCCCAGAUAAAGCAGCAGGCAUCGGUCCGUAUAACUUAUAAAAAAGAUAUGGUUGUGGCGCGAAGUACUCUUGUGCACCUCCGUCACUCGGCUCGCGCGCAACCCCGCCCCGUUAUGUUAUGGAAGAAUUGAACUUAUUGCCGGGCUGGUUAUUCAGAGCCAGCAAUUGGCUGCCGGAUUUCGUCCCGCAACUAGAAGAAGAUCGCUUCGGGGGUCACUGUGGCGUGGCUGAAUGUAGAGCAGUCCGCCCCUACAGCGUUUGAUCAGUAGAUUAUUUAGAACUUCGGAAGAUGGUCAAGGUGUUAGAGGUUUUGCUACUAAGAUAAGUGAAGUAAAAGAAGAAACUGAGUUCCAAAAGAGACUGCCAGAAGGAUGGGUCAACUUGCUGCAGGAAUGUUUACUAAAGGGCUUGCCUAUAACUCACUUGGAAUGAGAAGAAGGGUAACCCCUUAGAACGUAUACAGUAUAUCGCGGAAUCUUAGAAUUGAAUUGAAUUUGCUGCUUUAUAGGGGACCGUUUCUGCCGCGUCAUUGGAAGACGAGAGGGAGUCCGCUAUAGCUUCAUCACCCGCUGCCACUUCAGACUCAUCUUAUUCUCCUAACGCUCACAUAGGAUCUUUUCAAUAAUUGGCUUGUUCUGCCAAAUAGUCUUCUGUUGCUUCGUCGGAGUCGGAGGAUGGGAUGUUGUCGGACCGAGGUCACAAAGGAGAACCUUACAUAACUCGAAAGUGAAUCCCUGUCAGUCAGAUAGAUCUUUCUCCGUAACACCCUUUUUUUUCGUCUAGUGUCAUGGUUUGAUCAAUCAAUAGAAUGAAAGGGGGAACCUCUAGUAGAAUAGAAGGAAUAAGAUUCUGCCAUCGCUUAAUCAAGCGCUACUGCUUCCUUUCAUUUUCAU